CCGCCGCAACCUCGACACCGGCCGUGCCCCAGGGCGCUUCGAUUUCUUCGCACAUGCAACCAUCAACAUCCUCUUCCUCGGUAAAAAGUAACAAGCGCAAACUCGCCGACGCGAUGCAAAGCCUCGACGAUGCCAUGUCUCCACGAGCCAUUACCACUGAUUACCCUUCACCAGCAAAGAAAGCGCACACGGUGCGCUCGCUCUACUCCACGCUCGCCAAGUACGGCAUCAAUGUGAAGGCGAAGCAGCCAGCGUCCUCUGACCUGCCCGCCUCUCCAUCCGUCGACUUGUCGAAGACGCCCCACCUCGCAGCCAUCCUCGCUCGCACCGCCUCCAAGACGCGCAAUGCUAUUCCACACAGAUUUCGCUCUCGGCCGCUCUCAUUCACAUCGGCGGCAGCGGAAUACCGCCCCUCGUCGACUCCCUCGUUCCUCUCCCGCCUUGCCACUUUCAAACUCAACACCUACUCCAACAAGCCUCCCGCCAUCGACGCCGUGGCAGCGUCAAAAUGCGGAUGGAUCAAUGAUGGAAAAGAUCGGCUCGUUUGUGGAAUUUGUGCCGUGUCAUGGGUCCUCGCCGGCCGAGAAGGGAUGAACAGGGAUGCAGCGAACGCGCUCGUUGAGAAACAAAGGGCUCAUUUAGUCGAUAUGCAUAAGGACGGGUGUCCUUGGAAGACUCGACAGUGCGAUGCCGAUAUCUAUCGUAUCUCGCUGUCCUCUCCAACCGCCAUGGCCAAGGAGAUCAAAACUCAAGCACUAGAAUUAGAAUCAGUUUUAGAAGGCGUUGAUGUUCAGCAUCCUUUGUCCUCGAAACAACUCCAGCAGCUGAUGACAACCAUGGCUUCUGUCCGACUGGACGGUUAUAAUGAUCCUGCGCCUUUGAGUGGCGAAGGCACGGAUUCGCUUGCGUUUCCUUCUCUCCAUCAAGAGCCUUCUCAAAUCGCGAUACUCACUGCUUUCUUUGGGUGGUCGCUUGCACCCCCUGCACCUCCGCCUCCCCCGCCACGUACUCACACGCUAUCCAUGUCUCGAGCAAGCUCUGUAGCAUUCUCCGUACCUUCAACGCCACGCGGUGCUCUUCGAUCUGAUCUAUUUGUCACACCCUCCGCCUCUGCACCACGACUCUCACUAUCUAGGCUCAACUCUUUGCGCAGCAGCCCAACAAGCUCCAUCUCUGGAGAUUUGCAAAAACGCGAUUCGUCUCUUCUCCGCUGCGCUCUAUGUCAUAGGCGCAUAGGCCUCUGGGCUGUCACUGCCCCUGUACCGCGUGGAAGCGAGAUAUCCUCGUCGGCGCCUGCUGUGCCAAGCAGACAGAUCGAUCUGUUGAAAGAGCACAGGCCUUACUGUCCAUAUGUCGUGCGCUCCACCACUGUGCCAUCGUUACCAAUACCCCAAUUGCAGGGGAGCACAGAAUCGCCAACCAGAGCGCCUUUACCUCAUUCAUCCUCUUCGGCAUCGUUGGCGCAGCUAAACGGGGUGCAGAACGGAGCUAUAGAAGGGUGGAGGGCGGUGUUGACCGUGGUGACGCGGUACAGGAUGAGUCAGAAACGGCGGGAUGGAUUGUUGCAGGAGAUCAGCGAGCGGGUGAGCCGUGGGAGCUCGGGAGCGGCGUCACCGGACUCGUCCUUUGUGUUGGUGCGGUCGGAGACGAUGGACUCGGGUGUUUCGAGAAGCUAUGGAGGCGACGCAGAGACGAACAAUCAAAUGGAUACGGACGCUGACCCUGUAGAAGCCAUGAUGGCAGGCGUCAAGAGCAAAGGGGGUAAGGAGUUGUUGAAGUACGUGAAAGGGUUGCUGGGCUGAACAGAAGCCAGCUUUGUUAUGUACAACACUUUCUACUUACUAACCAUGUGGGAUCAUUUCCGUUGGAAGAGGAAGCUCGCGUUCUUUCUCUGUAUUUCUGUGAUUGAGCAUGUCAAAUGGACAGGAUCAUGAUGGG